AUGGCGACGCCAGCAGCCACCAAGCGCCUCACAAGAGAAUACGCUUCCAUCUCCAAAUCACCACCGCCAUUCAUUACUGCACACCCCUCGGAUAGGAACAUCCUAGAAUGGCACUACAUCAUCACCGGCCCACCAGACACACCCUACCAUGGCGGUCAGUACUGGGGCACGCUGAACUUCCCGCCCGACUACCCCUUUGCGCCGCCCGCAAUCCGCAUGCACACACCAUCCGGUCGAUUCCAGCCCAGCAGCCGGCUGUGCCUCAGCAUCUCCGACUUCCACCCUAAGAGCUUCAACCCCGCAUGGGAGGUCAGCACGAUUCUGACAGGCCUGCUGAGUUUCAUGACCAGCGACGAGAUUACUACGGGUAGCGUCCGGGCAUCAGAAGCAGAGCGGAAACUCUUCGCCAAGCGCACACGGUGGUGGAACAGCACAGGCGGCGGCAGCAAAGCAUCUGGGUCAGACAACGCCGGUGGUCGCCAGAACGGCAACAUCCGGGCUGGAGAUGGCGGCGCAAAGUUCAGACACGAGUGGCCGGAUGUCGACGAGGAGAAUCUCAAGUGGAUGAAGGAGAACCGCAUCGACCCCCUCACGGGCCUACCACGGCCGGCAGCACCAACCCCCUCGCAGCAGCCAGCCUGCUCGCCCGACGUCUCGGGUCUGCGACGACGCCCCGGCACAAGCGCAACGGUCGUUCAAGAUGCAGCGCAAAUAGCGCGAGAUGCAGGUCAAGGCUGGCUGAGCCGCAACAAGUGGAGGAUCGUACUCGGAGCGAUGAUGCUAUACAUCCUAGUCGCGAGGGUACUAGGCGACGGUGCAAUCGCAACUCCUGCUUAG